AGGUCGGAUUUUCGGUAAUCUAGUCUCACCCCAAGAACACUAACCCCGGCCAUUUCGAAAGCGCAGCAAAUAUCUAGGAAAUUCUUCGUUCCCCAUUGCUAAGCGGUAUCGCUCAGGGAGGGGAUGAACAAAGAUUUCAAAACGAAAUGCAAACUGUGUGCGCACGGCAAAUUAGCUUUUCCAAAUUGAAUGAAUAGCGAGCGUUCUGCUUGGUACGCUGAGCGUGAUUUCGCAAAAACGGUUCAAGAUCGUACAUUGCUUACAUAGCACGUUGUUUUUUCUCGUCCGAUUGGUAUUUAUGACGUCGUUAGAUGACGUCGUCGUCCUUACAUCUAUUCAUUAAAGAAAUUCACCACCGACAAUACCCGCCUCGCCCUUUAUUUUAGUACAACACAUCAUCAUGGCACGACACUUCCUCUCACUUCUUCUGUCGCUUGCUGCGAGCGACCGAGCAGAGGCCGGCAUGCCGAUUGACAUCGCGCUGUACCCGAAGUGCGUGCAAACUGCCUGCGAGGAAUCGGAGAAAGGCAAAAACGAUGCCGACUGCUGUGCGAUUCCGUGGAUGGCGGGCUGCAGUGCGGGGCACAAGUACUACGCGGGAGCGUACGGCUGCGGGUGGUCUCUGGAGUGGCUGGGCGCGCGGAGCACGUGUUGCAUAGCGGAUGCCGCUUACCCCACCGGCGACUACGACGUGCAGGCGCGCUGGAACCAGUUUGCGACCGAGGCCGAUAAACAGGUGGCGCUCGCGGAAGAGGCAAAGGAGGCCGAGCGGCAGAAAGCCGCGGAGGAACGAGCGGCGAAGGCUACCACGACCGCGCAGCGCCACAUCGACCAAACCAAAUGCGCUGACCACGGUGGACAGGACUGCUGCGCGCACGACUCGUGGGGCGAGCCACAGCGCUGCUCGGGUGGUUACACGGCGGUCCCGGACAGCAUGGGUACCUGUUCGUCCACAUGGCCCGGCUGCGCCUACCACAAAGGCGGUAUCGGUUGCUACGCUUGCUCCUCCACCACCGGUACUUCCCCAUCGCAGGCCGUGUCGCAGCGAACGGCGCAGUUUGACCUGUCGAAGUGCAGUGACUGGGGAGAAGACUGCUGUGCGUCGCCAACGUGGGGCGAGGCUCAAACCUGCAAAGACGGCUACGUCCCCAUUCCGGACCCCGCGGGACAGUGCAGCUCCAGCUACGGCCCCUGCCCCUCGCACGAGGGCGGCAUUGGGUGCUACGGCUGCUACCCGGCCGUGCUUGCGGCCGAGGUCGACCCGGGGCACGACGGUAGCAAGUGCACCGACGUGGGCAAGGACUGUUGCGCGAGCGCGUCUUGGGGCGAGCCGCAAACCUGUGCCGAGGGGUAUGUGCCCAUCGCGAGUCCACCGGGAACGUGUCCGUCCUCGUACGCGAUGUGCAUCACGAUCCAGGGCGGCCGCGGGUGUUACGGCUGCUACCCGUCGGGAACGACGCAAGACCAGUCCUCGUACGACUUGUCCAAGUGUUCCGUCCGACUGGGGAGAUGACUGUUGUGCGCACUCCUCGUGGGGCGAACCGCAGACCUGCCGGGACAACUACCUGCCCAUCCCCAACGCGCGGGGUCGCUGCACCUCUUCGUGGCCGCACUGCGCCCCGCAUGAAGGCGGCAUUGGCUGCUACGGCUGCUACCCCCCGGGAAACAAAGCCAUCCAGGACGUGAACGCGGCUGCGGGGCAGCACGACGGUUCCAAGUGCAGCAAUGCGAACUGGGAUUGCUGCGCUCACUCGUCUUGGGGAUCGCGGCAGACGUGCUCUGAUGGGUACGUCGCCGUUCCGAAUCCGCCCGGGUCGUGCACCACACCUAGGGAUGCGCGUCAGUGCGCCCUGAAAGACGGUGGCAUCGGGUGUUACGGGUGCUACCCCGCGCACGCAGCCGUGGCGAGCGUGUAUCGGGACACCACGGCGCAGCAGCACAACCAGCCCGCGGUUGUCGACAAGUGCCGGUCCAAGACGGAUUGCAACUGCAACUCGAACAACGCGGACAUCGCCCCGAAGGUGUGGGACGCUCCCGGCCACUGUCACGAAGGCACGUGCUAUCACGGCUACACGGAUGAUUCCCGCUGCGCGGACACGAAGGCCUCGCAGAGCUACCGCGAGCUAAACGACGGGUCCUCGCGCAACAUCAUCGGGGAGCAUGCGUGGUGCUACGGCGGGCGUGUGGACUCGCGGUGCCCGCUGAAAACAACGCCCGCUUCGGCCACUAGCGGCACUUCUUCCAGCGCGUCAACGGCGCACUGCGGAACAAGGGUCUGGCGAUCGGACACGACGGCGUAUGUCCUCGGUGCCCCGGUAUGCAUUGCAAAUAUGUCUGGGUCUGAAGGAUGCAAGGUUUGUCAUGCUCGUCUGGCAUUACUGAAGAAUUUGUGAUACGUGUCCAAGAAGAGAUCCUUUUGCUUGUGAUACAAAGCGCAGUUUGUCAUGCGGAAAGCGCAACACUAAGCCGCGCAAAUGUUUCUCAUGCUUUUCUGUGCGUUACAGAAAGUUCACUAUUCGCAACUCAGCAUUACAAGUUUGCAGACCCAGACAUAUUUGCCCUGGAUACCCGGGUAGUCGCGAGUGCGGCGCUUGCGGCGGCGUGGUGGCAACCUACGACGCCUGUAUGGACGCGUCGCGGGCGGGGAAGACCUUUUUGGGUAUCAACGGUCUCCCGGCCCGGGAGAAUUGGGGCGGACCCUCGGGGUGCCACAUUCAGGAGCGGGCCAACUUCCAGUGGAACGACCGCACCAACGGCGAUGGUGUGAGCGGUCACACGCCGGUGUGCAUUCACCAGGGUACUACUGCGGAUUCCGCCGGAACAAGCACGGACGCCUCUUCGAUGAUCAUCCACGAAGCGGACACGGAGUCGUGGAACGAAAAUGGCCCGUACGGAGCGCAGGGAUACCGCGCCCCGGCCGAUGUCGAGGGCAACGCGGAAUGUCGGAAAAGCGCCUGCGAAGAAUACGAGAAGGGGCGCGUCGACACGGACUGCUGCUCCACUCCGUCCACGGCUUUUUGCGCCGCCGGCCAUCGCUACCAGGCGGGCACGGAAGGCUGCGGCUGGGGCCUGGUGCAGGGCCAGCGCAGUACCUGCUGCAUUCCCGACACCAGCUACCCCGCGGGCAGCGCGGGCGCCGAUCUGCACACCGGAACAACCGCGAACACCGCCAACAGCCUCGCCGCAUCCGCGCGAUCCGCCAUUCGGGGCAGCGGCAAUCCGGACGCGGAGACCAAGAAAAUGGAAGACGCAAACUUCAAAACCGUGGACACGGCGACCACCGCCGCGACCGUCACGUUCGAAGUGAAGCAGGCGGUCGAAGGCUUGUCCGUGGGGGAGCGGCUCGAGUGCGUCCCCGCGGCCUGUCGCGAGUUCAAGUCCUCGCUGGCCGAUAACGACUGCUGCGCCAUCCCGCGCAUGGCCUUUUGUGGGCCGGGUCACCGGUACGUCCCGCUCGUGAAAACCUGCGGCUACGACCUGAUACUGGACCUGGGGCAGCGGACCACCUGCUGCGUUGCGGACCUGAAUGCGAUCUACCAGCAGAACGGUGAUUCGGGGAAGGACUGGGCGAUGCGGUUGUACGAAGCCGGCACCUUCGCGCAGGCGGCCGAGCCCGUGUCGGAAACGGACAGAACCGCGGUGGAAGCCGUGGCGGCAUCCGUCCGAAGUGAGGCCGCGCUGGGGGGCGCGCAGCCGCAAAGCGGGGUGGUCGGCACGAUCCGGACGACCGAGAUCCUGCCCGCCGACGUUGACGUGGCUGCGCUGAACGAGUCCUCCGACUACAAGGACGCGAAGGCGACCGGGUUGGGGCUGGCCCUGCUGAUCGAGCGCCCGCACGACAGUAUCAGCGUGGCAGUGAACGUAGCGGGAGUACUGUCUCGCCGCAGGCUCCUGCUCGCUGGGCCCCCGGACGACUCUACAACUUCCAACCACCGCCGCCUCGACGCGGUCACCGUGGAGACCAAGUUCACGGUGAAGAGCCCCGUGGAGGGGCGCGGCGCCGCGCUUGCCGCGGCGCUUAACGACACCAUGUCGUCGAGCCGGGUUCAAGCGUUCACGCAGGAAGAGGCGGAGAAAAAGAAUCUGAUGGGCGGCAGCUACCGCAUGGACGCGGUCAGCAGCGUCGGCGUCACCACGCACGGCGGCGCGAAAACCGACUGCGACACGAAGCUACGGACCGGCUACGUACCCACGGCCGCGGACCUAAAUCCGUCGCAAGCGAAUCCGGCCAGCACAACCAGCACCGGCAGCACGCGGUACGUGACCGCGGGCGGCCGCGUGGUGGAGCGCGACGCGCCGGUCGGUACUUCAUCUUCCGACGAGAGCGGGGGGACAGGCGACACGGCGGACGAUGAAGGAUCAGCCGUAGUUCUGCUCGCGAUUGGCGGAGGCCUCGCUCUCUUCGCGUUCGGAGUCGUGCUCGGAAGCAGGUUUGUGACCUGGGGCUACGCGGGCAAGAAGGAAACAACCGUCAGCGGUUCGGAGCAGGAGCGGAAUUUCGCCCCGCAAGCCCCGCCCACCAACGGUGAUCUGGCCACUAGCCAACCGCAAAGAACGGGAUUAUUCCCCCAGCCGGCAAUGCCGAACUUUGCCGGGUUUUCUCUGAGCCAAUACCAGAACAACAACCAAGUGGCGCCGACGGUGCAGAAGAACGGCAUGAAUUACGCGGGGUCUUCGGGGCAACCGUACGUCUCUCAUGCGGGAAUGAUGCAGCGCCAGCAGCAACCAACGAUGCAGUUGCAGCCGAUGGCACCACCAGCUCCGCCCCGGCGACCGGUCACAACACUGCCGCAGCAGCCUAUGGUCAUUACGCAAGCAGGCGCGACGAGCCAGACCGUGGAGCGGAAAUCAAAGAAGAAAAAGAACAAGGAGAAUCGAGAUUCUUCUACGGACCGCGAUCCGAGGAGUUCCUCGCGUCGGUGAGCGCCGUUCUUUUGAAAUUUGGCAAGCAGUACGAGAGACGCUGGGUUGCAAGUUAAAUUAGAUUUUCUGGGGCGUUGAGUAUUCAAGCCUCUCAACAACAACACAUCUGUACCUUUCUGGCAUGUUGUCAAAAUAUUCAACUCUGCAUGGAGUACCGUAGUUUCCUUGCGCCUCGUAACAAGUGUACAAUAUUAGCAUAUGAUUUUUCGGCGCGUAGGCGGCUCAUACCCAUUGGUUCUAGUUUCUUCGACAUGGUACUAUCUUCAUAAUGUGUUUUUUUUGUUUUGCUGUACAACCACAAGCAAAACGCACAAGCAUCUAGCGGUUAAAGGACACCUUCAUCCACGGGAAGGUAGCACUGGCAGGCCGUCUCUGCGUAAAGCAGAAGUGAAGUCCGAAACUUCGACUGUACUGCCUUAAUGUCGUCUGUGUUUAUUUUUUUUUGCCACGAAUAUGCAAUGUGUAUGUGGCUCUGUAAGUACACCAAAUUAUGAUGUGUGACUCGAAGUUUAUUAGCAUGUACCACUGCAAAUGGACCAGCAAGAGGAAGAGCUGGACCGGGAGAUCAUUGGUCGAACGUCUUUUCCCGUGUCGGCAACAAAUGAUAAUGUGUAGAAAAUGUUGAGUACAGCAUUCAUCUUCAGGUUGCAUGUGUAGCCUGGAUGACGAAAAUAGCAAAUGGAGCAUCAUCAAACGUG